AUGGGCGAUUUUGAUUUAAAUGUGGACAGUCUUAUACAGCGGCUGCUGGAAAAUUUCAAAAAGCAAAAAGAAGCCGAAGAGCAUGCACAGAAGCUGCUCAUUGCUCAGCAAUUGGGGUCUGCUGCCGCUGGUGCUACUGGGGGUGCUGGCGCCUCAACUUCCAGUUCAGCUACAGCUGGCGGCGGCAGUGGUACACCCACAUCUUCGCUUAACGAUCCGCUGGAGGAGCUUAGCGAGCAUCAGCGACGUAUAUUGCAACAAUAUUCUAUAUCGCCGCCAAGUGAAACAAUGAUCUCAGCGGAUGGCGAUCAAAUAACGGUGCAUCAUCCGCGUGACGAACCAAAGAAAUCACGUUUGAAAUUACGCGAUUUUUUCGUCGCUGAAUUUGUGCGCAGUUGCCGCACGGGCAAACAAGUACAGAUGACGGAGGCCGAGGUGCGUGGCUUGUGCCUCAAAUCGCGUGAGAUAUUCUUGCAACAGCCGAUCUUGCUGGAGUUGGAGGCGCCACUGAUCAUUUGCGGCGACAUACAUGGACAGUACACAGAUUUACUGCGCCUAUUCGAAUAUGGCGGCUUUCCACCAGCUGCCAAUUAUUUGUUCCUUGGCGAUUAUGUGGAUCGAGGCAAGCAGUCGCUGGAGACAAUUUGUCUGCUCUUGGCCUAUAAGAUUAAAUAUCCAGAGAAUUUCUUUUUGUUGCGCGGCAAUCAUGAAUGCGCCAGUAUAAAUAGAAUUUAUGGCUUCUAUGACGAAUGCAAGCGUCGCUAUAAUGUCAAACUGUGGAAGACAUUUACCGAUUGCUUCAAUUGUCUGCCAGUUGCUGCUAUAAUUGAUGAAAAAAUAUUCUGCUGUCAUGGCGGCUUGAGUCCUGACUUGCAAGGCAUGGAACAAAUACGUCGUCUCAUGCGGCCCACAGAUGUGCCCGAUACUGGCUUGCUCUGUGAUUUGCUUUGGAGUGAUCCCGACAAGGAUGUGCAGGGCUGGGGCGAGAAUGAUCGUGGAGUUAGCUUCACCUUUGGCGUUGAUGUUGUAUCAAAGUUUUUAAAUCGGCACGAGCUGGACUUGAUUUGCCGCGCGCAUCAGGUCGUUGAGGAUGGCUAUGAGUUCUUUGCCCGUCGCCAGUUAGUGACAUUAUUCUCGGCGCCCAAUUAUUGUGGCGAGUUUGAUAAUGCUGGCGGCAUGAUGACCGUGGAUGAUACGCUCAUGUGCUCAUUCCAGAUAUUGAAGCCAUCGGAGAAGAAGGCCAAAUAUUUGUACAGCGGCAUGAACUCAUCGCGACCAACAACACCGCAACGAAGUGCACCAAUGCUGGCGUCCAAUAAGAAAAAAUAAUAUAUCCAUCCGCUUCCAUUUCCUUAAAGGUUCAACAACAAUUACACGAAUAACUUUUAUAUGUAUACAGAAGAACAUAAACUAAAUCUAAAUUUAAUGUGUGCAACAGUUUAACUAGUUGAAAGCAAACGAUAAACAAACUUAAAUUCAAAUGAAUAAGCAUAUUAACUAUUAUAUACACAUAUUUGGUUUUGCAUAUGAAUGUAUGUAUGUACGUAUGUAUGUAACUUCAAUCAUUGUAUACACUUUCCUAUAUUAUUUAUUAAACCUAACAUUAUACAUACAUUCAGAUACAAAUAUUUUUUGCACAGUUGCAAAUUUUUGAUUCAAAAAAAGAAAAAAACAAAAACAAAAGUAUAUAUGUAUGAAACGAAUGCGUACUCAAUUGCCCUAUAUUCUAUAUUAUUUAUUUAUAUAAACAUUGUACAUAAAUGUUGUUAUAUGCAUAAAGAACACACACACACACACACACAUAUACACACUUCGGUUCUUGCAUUUGCCUUGACAAAAAAAGAAAUAUCGAAAAUGAUGUAUUUGCUGCUACACCCCUCCCCAAACCUUCCAUAAACACCAACAGCGUACAGCGAUUUAAACAAUGAAUUUAUAUAUGUAGACAUUUUAAUGAGAACUAUAUACGAUAUCUAACAUAUGUAUGUACUACAACUAAGAAAAAUAUACAAAAUACCAAGGCUACAAGUGCAGUGUUUCCACAAAAGCAAAAACAACAACAUACAAAAAAUAUCUA